AGCUGUAGCACGGUGUAAGCUGUUUAGGUGAGUGAAUUUUUUGUAUAGAUAUCAGACAGUUGGCUAUAUUCAUCGAAAAGAGGAAGGCAAUCAUGUCCGAGCCUGACAGCUAUCCGCCACCCAAUUUUAGCUGUCCAGCUCAACAGCCAGUGCUCAGACCGCCGGCUUUUCAGUGGACUUCUCAGCAGCGCGCAGAGAAGUUCCAGGCUUCCAGAGACUGGAGCUGGAUUCAGUCUGCACCACCAGUAGCCUGGAACCCCAGCUCCAGCCCCACUGCCCCCUUCAGUGGUUAUCAGGGUCCUUACUAUCCGAAUUACGUUCAACAUCGAUAUCCCGGUCCACAUCAUCAUGACUACCAAUACGGGAGACAAGGCCAUGGCCAAAACCAGUGGGGCAAAAGACAGAAAAAGCAGAAAGAACCAGAGUUCAGUCACUUUUGUGACACUUGUGACAGAGGCUUCAAACACCAAGCCAAGUACGAUGAGCAUGUUGCUCAGCAUGUAAAGUGCUCAGUUGAUGACUGCAGUUUUGCUGCCCAUGAGAAACUUGUACAGAUUCACUGGAAAAACAAUCAUGCUCCUGGAGCAAAACGAAUCAAGUUGGACACCCAAGAGGAGAUUGCAAAAUGGAGAGAAGAACGGAGAAAGAACUACCCAACACUGAGCAACGUGGAGAAGAAAAUGAAGAUGAUGAAGGUCAAAGAAAAAAGGGGAGAUGUGCUGGAGACUGCCCAGUUUGGUCGAUUUAAAAGUCGUGGAAGAGGAUUCCAGAAUCAUGGACAAGGUGCGUAUGGUGGUCAUCAGUAUACUGGAAGUGCAGAAGUGGAGCAGCCACAGGCCCUCACCCGACCUCCUUACAAUGGAGACCCUCUUGGAGCCCUGGCCAAUAGUGACCCAGAUUCUGAGAAAGAUGAACCAGUUAAGGAGACAAAGGUUGCCAUUUCAGUGGCCCCCAAGAAUAUGACUUCUGCUUUGGGAUCACUUAUGUCUAGCUAUGGAGACAUGACAGAGAGUGAGGAAGAACCAGAUGAUACUCCUAUCUUGAAAACUGCUCAGGCUUUGGAGGAGAACAAGGUCUUGCUGGCAGCUCAUUCUGCCCCUGCCCAGAACUGCGUACUAAAGCUUGAAAAGAUGCCAACAGUUGGGGAAUCUGAGACUGUCCACCAAGUACUGCACCCUUUGCCUGACCAAAGUAACGGAAGGGGUCAUGAAGGCCAAGGGGGAUGGGGUAGACGGGGUGGCAGAGGUGGUCAUGGUCCCGGCAGAGGUCCACAGAAACGCCGUCCCACCCUGCUGGAGAUGUUGUUGGCUUCAGAUAUUCGACAUGAAAGGAAUGUGAUGCUCCAGUGCAUUCGCUACAUUAUCCGUAAUGGAUUCUUCGGCCUAGCUUGUAAAAGCUCUAACCUGAUAGUGCCUGAAAGCGCAGCAGUAACUAAGAAUUGCACCAAUAAUGAGGUUAGUAGAAGAGGUACAAUAGGGGAGAGUGUGACUGGAACACAUACAAGCUGCCUGGCAAGUCAAUCACAACAGGAGAACCUUCUCUUUUUGUCACAGGAUAAUCAAAGAUGUUAUAUGGAAGCCACAGAGCUCCACCUGGAACCUGAAGGAAUUUUACAGUGCUGUCAGAGUGAUUCCAGAAAAGUCUGUCAUGGCUCAGCUGAUACCCCAGUUGAGCUUAAGGAUAUCAGUGAAGAUGCUACUGCACCACUUAAGCCAACACAAACUGCUCAGCCAAGGGUACUUUCAAUGUUAUUUGCUAAGAGCUUAGUAGCUGAUGACUGUUCCAGUGGUCUACCACAAGAUAGAGAUCAUCCUUACAAGUCCACAGAGGCAGUAGACCAGCAUGAGCACUGCCAUACGUCACAAAAGGCAGCUCAGCAAGUGUCUAACAGUAGCCAUAAGGCUUUAACUGAUGCUGAUCAUGCUUUUGUUGAUGUGGUAAAUAUCAGACAUGCAGUUUACUCAUCUCAGAACACAACAGACCUCACCACAGGGAUCUUGCAGGAAAAUGUUCAGAGCUUAAGUUCUAAUGAAAAGCAAAUCAUGGUCCAGAAUCAUGACCAACCUCAGCAGCUUACUGGGGAGACAUCAUUACACCAGGGACUGAAGAAUGAAUGUGAUGUUUCCACAGCAGUUGGAAUAACAAAGCAGGAGGAGCCAAAAAUGCUUAUGAAUGAAGAGGCACAUGUUCACCCUAUCAUGUCCGUCUAUGAUGAUGACAUCUGGGAGAUUUCUGCAGUUACCAGUGAUGCCAUGUAGAUCAUGUUGAUCAGUUUGAUUUGUCAAUUUGUAACAAAGACCAAGACCUUCUGAAUUUAUUGAUAUUCUGUUUCACCUAUGUUACAGGCAUUGUGACAGUUUAUUGGUUUCUUUGUAACAUUUAUCUUUGCAUCUGAUUUAAUUAAUCAUGUUGUACAUUGAUAAGCAAUAUUGAGUUUCCAACAAGUUAUGAUUUAAUAUACUAGGAUGUGUGCACAUUUAAUGUUAAGUAAAACCUUUUAUAAGGAAGCAUUCUUUCUCUGAUUAUGUAUCCAAGUUGCCUAAUCGACUUCUGUCAAUCAAUUAAAAAAAAUGUGCAGG